AUGGAUCCGCUGUCCAUAUCCGCCGCUGUCGCCGGCUUCAUCUCCCUGACCCUCGAUGUGUCGACUCGACUAGCUACAUUCUACAAAGCUUACUCGGAUCAAGAUGAGAGCAUCAAGAGUGUUGCGGGCGACCUGGGUGCUCUCGUCACGACUCUCCAGGCCCUGCAGCAACACCUUGUCCCUCGUAAAUUUCGUCACGACGAGCAUACCCUGAUUCGCGCAGUUGAGGCCCGCAUAGACAAGUGCGAGCAAUCCGUAGACGAUCUACAGGACCGCCUUCAACAGUUUGACAAAUUCCAGAAAACGACCAAUCCUGGCAUCUGGACAAAGACAAUAUCCGGUGCUAGGCGUCUUGCCUUUCCCUUCGAAGAAACUACUCUUCAGAAGCUCCAUGGCGACAUCGAAAGAGUCAAAUCCAACCUUUCCUCAGCCUUGGACCUUCUCCAGCAGCAAUUUUCCUCCGACACUCGAGACGACUUGCAGGACAUCAAGUCUGUCCUCGGUCUAGUCAGGCAUACCGGGCUUUCGCACGCCCUCAGUGCCUGGCUGAAGGCUCCGGACCCGACAAGCUUGUUCCACGAGAUUUGUAGGAAGAAACAGGUCAGGACAGGCCUCUGGCUUGUGGCAAAAGGGUCCAAUUUCGACAAUUGGUUGACUGCACCCAACUCCUUCAUAUGGCUGAAAGGCUUUGUGGGAACAGGGAAAUCUUUCCUAUGCUGCACCGCGAUCCAACACUCUUACCGGCAUCGCCGGUCCAGUCCUCGUGUCGGCUUAGCAUUCUUCUUCUUCCGCUUUGAUGAUGCCAGCAAACAAACAGCCUCGGGCAUGCUCCGCUCUCUGGUCCUCCAGCUCUCAGCACAAUACCAGGGUUGCCACUCGCCCCUCGAGACGCUUCAUCAGAAGUAUUUAUUCGAAUCGCCACCGGACGAAGCCUUGAUGGACUGCCUACGUCAACUUGUCCGACUGUUCGAUCACGUGUAUCUCUUUUUGGAUGCACUCGACGAGAGUCCUUGUGAUGACCGCAGCACACGUGACGAUGUGCUCCAGACGAUUGCGGGUAUGCGAGGAUGGGAUGAACGAGGCCUGCACAUGUGUACGACCAGUCGCGGCGUUUCCGACAUUGAAGAGGCUCUCGAGCCCGUAGACUCUCAGGUUGUCGCCUUGACGGGUGGUAAGCUCAACAAGGAUAUUGAAAGCUUUAUUGUCACACAAUUGAAGGAGAGACCGCGUCUGCAAAAAUUUGCAGCGCACCGCGAUUUGAUACUGGCUCAGCUGACCGGUCGUGCUGGAGGCGUGGUCGCUAAUUUGUACCACCUUAUAGUUUCCGUUGGGUAA